GGAUGGACAUCGCUACAGUAACGGCAGCGAGGAUUCUCAAAGGCCAGCUGCAGAAUCAGAGUGGAGAGGAGACUGUCCUGAGCAUGGAGAGCUUCCCUUACACUGCCCUGUCCAAGACGUACAGUGUAGACUUCCAGAUCCCAGACAGCUCGAGCACAGCAACGGCGAUGCUCUGCGGAGUGAAGACCAACUUGAACACGGUGGGGAUCAGCGCGGCCGGCCGCAACGGGGUCUGCAGUUCACAGCAGGGCAAUGAGGUCACCUCCAUCCUCAGGUGGUCCAAAGAGGCAGGCAAGUCUGUGGGGAUCGUGACCACCACGCGGGUGCAGCACGCCACGCCCGCCACUGCCUACGCACACAGCGCCAGUCGCACGUGGUACUCGGACAGCGACAUGCCCUUGAGUGCCAAGAAGGCAGGGUGCCGGGACAUCGCCUACCAGCUCAUCUUCAACACCGACAUUGACGUGAUCAUCGGAGGUGGUCGGAAGUACAUGACCCCCAUGGGCACCAAGGACCCGGAGUAUCCGACUGACGUGGCAUCGCAGGGGACUCGAGGUGAUGGGAUGGACCUGAUAAAGGAGUGGCAAAAGAGAAAGCCUGGCAAGGUGGCACACUAUGUUUGGAACAAGAAAGAAUUUGACGAUGUGGACACAAACACCACAGAUUACCUUCUCGCCCUUUUUGAACCCGGGGAUUUGAGAUUCGAGCUGGAGAGAGAACCCACCACAGACCCUUCCCUGGUGGAGAUGGCUGAAAAAGCCAUUAGGAUUCUGCAGAAGAACCCCAAUGGAUUCUUCUUACUGGUGGAAGGUGGGAAGAUCGACCAGGGGCACCAUGCCAGCCGUGCCGCCAUGGCGCUGCAUGAGACGGUGAUGCUGGACAAGGCCGUGGAGCGGGCACUGGAGCUGACCGCAGAGGAGGACACACUGACCAUCGUCACCGCAGACCACUCGCACUCCUUCACCUUCAACGGGUUCCCCUUCAGAGGAAACCCCAUCCUGGGAAAAUCCCCAGUGUAUGGUAAGGACUUCCUGCCGUAUACAACCCUGCUUUAUGGAAAUGGUCCUGGGUUUAAGAUCAUCAAUAAUGCCAGGCCCGAUAUCCGCAAAGUUGAUACAGCCUCCAAGGAUUACGUCCAGCAGUCUUCGGUGCUCCUGGACAAGGAGACCCACGGAGGGGAGGACGUGGCCAUCUUUGCUCGUGGCCCCAUGGCUCACCUCUUCCACGGCGUCCAGGAGCAGAACUACAUCGCUCAUGCUAUGGCGUAUGCCGCCUGCGUCGGGGAGAACCAGGACCACUGUGCCAAGCCCUCGGCCUCCGCCAAUGACAGCCCUGGCAAUGCGGCCGCCGAGCAGAGCGCCAGCCUUUCAGCACAGCUCGCAGGGUUUCUCCUAAUCACUUGUCUGCUCCACUGAAUAUUUCCAAACUUGACAGAUUCAGAAUCAUUUUGUAACUUUUCUACUGUCUACAAAUACCAAUCCUGUUUGUCCCUCGCAGAUCUUUAACUUACAAAAACAGAUGGAUUGGCAAAACUAUAUAAUUGUUUAGGGUUAAUAAUAGCUUUUUUUCAAUUGAAUGUUUAUUAAUAAUAAAAUAAAAUUAGAUUAUUAAAAGAUUAUUAAUAAAAACGAAUCUCGCUGAGCUAAAUGCAAACAAGCUUCCUUCAAUGCAGCGGUUGGUUGCAGAGCUCAACAGAGACAACAUCAACCGUGUCUGUCGUUUAUUCAACCUGUUUCCUUGUGGUAAUGCAAUUACAACCCA